AAGCGACAGACACGGCAGAGGGGCCCCUAUAAUACAUUGUAACAAUAUGUUUUCCUCUGAUCAUGACUCUUUACAGUAACCUGAAAGCGCCAGCGUGAGACGCGAUCACCGGGUCAUGAUGCAAGACCUGUCCGAUGCAUCAACAAUCAUUGCCAUUGGUGAGUCAGAGAAGCUUAUCUGGCGGAAAUUGGCGGUAAAAUUACACGGCCACGUACAGGUAAACGUUCAAUUGCAUUGUGUCUGCUUUACAUUGGGUGAGGGCACAGAGUAUCUCAGGAUGAUCUUAUCCGGGGCUCCAAGACAUAAUUCGUAGAUCCUGCGACUAAACCUAUCAAGAGUCAUGACGACCUUAAACCCACAUCUCUUUCUCAAUCUGAAACAAACACUCGAUGCGGAGGUCAUGG